GUGCCUCUCGCCGCAUCCCGGGCGGAGCCCCCACCUCUGCGCCCGGCGCGGAACGGGUGCGGGGCUGGGCCAGGGCCGGCCCGGGGGAGCUGGCGGGGCGGGGCCGCCGCGUCUGCUCCCCCUCCCCGCCUGCCCGCAGCCUUCCCCUCCUCGCGACGCCCGGGCUCACAACGGUGGCAGCAGCGGCCGCGGCAACAUCUCCAGCUCCUGCUCCCGCUCUUCCCGCUCCAGCCCGCUCCGCCCCGCGCUCCCGGGCCCCGCGCCCCGACUCCGCCGCUGCGCCUGCCGGGGGCCUCGGGAGCCCCCGCCGCCCGCCUCACGCUGAAGUUCCUGGCGGUGCUGCUGGCCGCGGGCAUGCUGGCGUUCCUCGGUGCCGUCAUCUGCAUCAUCGCCAGCGUGCCCCUGGCGGCCAGCCGGGCGCGGGCGCUGCCCGGAGGCGCCGACAACGCCUCGGCCGCCUCAGGUGCUGCUGCCGCGUCCCCGGGCCCGCAGCGCAGCCUGAGCGCCCUGCACGGCGCGGGCAGCUCGGCCGGGCCCCCAGCGCUGCCCGGGGCGCCUGCGGCCAGCGCGCACCCGCUGCCGCCCGUGCCCCUCUUCAGCCGCUUCCUGUGCACGCCGCUGGCCGCCGCCUGCCCGUCGGGGGGCGAGCAGGGGGACGCGGCGCUGGGCGAGCGCGAGGAGCUGCUGCUCCUGCAGAGCACGGCCGACCGGCUGCGCCAGACGGCGCUGCAGCAGGAGGCGCGCAUCCGCGCCGACCAGGACACCAUCCGCGAGCUCACCGGCAAGCUGGGCCGCUGCGAGAGCGGCCUGCCGCGCGGCCUCCAGGACGCCGGGCCCCGCCGCGACACCAUGGCCGACGGGCCCUGGGAGUCGCCCGCGCUCAUCGUGGAGCUGGAGGACGCCGUGCGUGCCCUCCGGGACCGCAUCGACCGCAUCGAGCAGCAGGAGCUCCCAGCCCGAGUGAACUUCUCAGCCGCCCCCGCCCCGGCGCCCGCGGUGCCCACCGCCCUGCACUCCAAGAUGGAUGAACUGGAGGGGCAGCUGCUGGCCAAGGUGCUGGCCCUGGAGAAGGAGCGCGUGGCCCUCAGUCACAGCAACCACCGCCAGCGGCAGGAGGUGGAGAAGGAGCUGGGCGCCCUGCAUGACCGCGUCGCUGAACUGGAGCACGGGUCCUCGGCCUACAGCCCCCCCGACGCCUUCAAGAUCAGCAUCCCCAUCCGCAACAACUACAUGUACGCCCGCGUGCGCAAGGCGCUGCCCGAGCUCUACGCCUUCACCGUCUGCGUGUGGCUGCGGUCCAGGUCGGGUGGCACUGGCCAGGGGACCCCCUUCUCCUACUCGGUGCCGGGGCAGGCCAAUGAGAUUGUGCUGCUGGAGGCGGGCCACGACCCCAUGGAGCUGCUGAUCAAUGACAAGGUGUGCCAGCUGCCCCUGAGCCUGAAGGACAACGGCUGGCACCACAUCUGCAUCGCCUGGACCACGCGGGACGGCCUGUGGUCCGCCUACCAGGAUGGGGAGCUGCGGGGCUCCGGUGAGAACCUGGCUGCCUGGCACCCUAUCAAGCCUCAUGGGAUCCUUAUUCUGGGCCAAGAGCAGGAUACCCUGGGAGGCCGGUUUGAUGCCACUCAGGCCUUUGUGGGUGACAUUGCCCAGUUUAACCUGUGGGACCACGCCCUGACACCCGCCCAGGUCCUGGGCAUUGCCAACUGCACUGCGCCGCUGCUGGGCAAUGUCCUACCCUGGGGAGACAAGCUGGUGGAGGCUUUCGGGGGUGCAACGAAGGCCGCCUUCGAUGUCUGCAAGGGGAGGGCUAAGGCAUGAGGGGCCACCUCCUCCAGGGCCCCUCCCUUGACUGCCAAUCUGGGGAUCUUCCAGGAGGCGGGGCACCUUCCCCCUCAGCCUACCCACACACUGGCCUCCCCUCCCGCUCCCCUCCUGGCCACGCCUCUCAUUUCCCAAGCCCCCCUAACCCACAGCUCCAGAAUGCCCUGCCCCUGUGAUGGCUGUCCCCUGACCCCACCUGGAUGGGGACAGGCAGCUCAAGUCAACAGGCCAGGCCUGGGCUGGGGAGCAGUGCCCAUGGCUCUGCCCACCGUCCUGGCAUUACUCCCCAGCCAUCUCCUACCCCCGCCACGCCCCACCAGCCACAUCUGAUUCUGCCGAUGCCAACAGCAUCCCCGUGGGGCUGCAUAUGAGAGAGCACCCACUAUCUCAGUAGCAGGGAGGGCAUCCACCCCCUGCCCCCCAUGGGCCUUCCUCUUCGGGGCCGCAGCAGGCUGCAGAGCAGUCCCUCCUGCAGAGAAGGGGAUGUCGGGGACAUAGGAGACCCAGAUGCAUCCCUCCACCAUCUUCCCACCAGCUGACAGUCAAGGGUAGUGGGAUCUUGAUGGACCCUCCCCCCACACAGCCCCCACCCACCCACCCCCACAUCUCUCUUCCUCCUCUUUCCUCGUUUCUCUGUGUGCAGUAGGUUGAGUGCUGGUUCCCUGCCCGUCCCAACCCCACCUCAGUUUCCAGGACAUUUCCUCCCGAGCUCUGGCCUGGAGGGUUAGGGACCAAGACCCCACCCACAGCUGUGUCCACUGCUGGCAUGGUCAUUUCUCCCGCUUUGUGGCCAGGACAGAACCUGGGCCACUCCGGCCUGAGCUGGAAGCGGCAUGAGGCAGAGGCUCUGAGCCCCAGGGGACCCCCACCACCUGCCCCUCGACAUGGCCCUGCAGCGUCUGAGGAAGGAAGGAGGAAGCUGAGUGAGCAGGGAGAAGCAUGGAGUGGCGUGCAGAGUGCUGCAUGCGAAGGAGCAGCCCUGGUCCUAGCCAGCUCUGCUGUGUGGCCUUCUCCAAGUCCCUGCCCUCUCUGGGCUAGCCUUCCUCCUUUGUGAGAAAACGUGAGAUGGCCUGUGAUUUCAGGUGGAUCGGGUGCGGCAAGCCUGACGACUCCCCUGAUGACCGAAGGGCAGGCAUUAUAGGGACAGGUCCUGGGACUGGGCAGCACGGGGAUCUGGCUAGACAAGGGUCAGGGUCAGCAGCUGGCUCCAGAGGGUCAGAGGAGAGGGCCAAGAGCAAGGCAGACAACCUCAUGUGCAGAUUAUAAAAAGCAGCUCUUCUGGAUAUCCCCCAGCCUGGGACUGUUGCCUGAGCGUGUCUCUACGGGCCAGUGGCUUCCCGUCCCCUCCCCAGAGUCCUCACCAGCUUCCCCGAGAGGACAGAAGAAUGUCAGAGCUGAGAAAGCCACGCAGUCUGAUCCCUCCUUGUGCAGAUAGGGAAGAGCUCAGAGAGGGCAAGCGACUUGCACAGGAUCACCCAGCACCAUGGGCAGAGCAGGACUAGGACCCAGCGCCCUGACUCCCUCUUCAGUGCUCUUCCCCACACCCCAUACUGCCUGCCCACGAGGGUCUGAGUGUGGCCUGCCCCUGGUGGAUGGGCCUUUGAGAGAUCAGAAUGCUUUCCAAAAUGACCACUGAAUCAUCUCCCUUUAUGAAAUACAUCUUGGCAUCCCCCACCCCCUGGGAGGCGUGAUCCCGGGCACCCUGGCGGGAACGGAGAGCUGAGAACACAGGGGCCCCUUCGCUGGCAGCCACCGACCCCGUCUGGGCAGCUGCAAGCUCCCUAACUCAGUGGGCACCAGUGCAUUUUGCCCCGUUUUGUCCCUGCCUCCGCGCCCCACUGCCACCUAGCCUGAGGCCGUGUAAGAGCCAGGGCAGCUGAAGCUUUUCUGAGACUGUGGCCUCCAGCCCCCCGGGUCCUUGCUUCUGCUUCAAGAGCACAAGCAGACCUUUCGGCACCUGGGGCCCAACUCCACUCAGGAGGACACGUAGCGGAAGGAGCCAUGGCGCCACAGCCGAGAUCUCAGUUGCCCUGGUAACAGCCAAUGACAGCAGCCCUCGUGCUGGGUCAAGUGUCUCGUGGUGACAUCCGCUGUUGCUGGGGUGAUGGCGGUAUUUGGAACUUAGAUUCCAGGGACACUGGAUGCUGGGUUUUGUUGGGUCUCUCUUUUUGUUUUUAAGGAAGCAGCUGUUGUGGAG